UGUGUUUCUCUGACCGUUUAUGUGUUUUUCUCCUUCAACUAUCCAGUAUCGCUACGCUAAACUGAUCCAGCCGUCUCAGUUUGGGGGGCAGCCGUGCAAUUUUCAUGGCAGGCAGGAGGAGGCCUGUAACGUUCCAUCCCGUUACACCUGUAACAAUGUUCCUUUGUGUGAGGGAUUCCUCUGUGCCCAAACAGGUCGUUGUAUUCACAGAACUCUGCAGUGUAAUGGGGAGGAUGACUGUGGGGACAUGUCAGAUGAAGUCAGCUGUAAAAAGGUUCCAAAGCCCUGCAGGCAGGAGGCUGAAGAGUAUUGGGGAAUCGAAAAUCUUGCCAAAGGAAUCAACGUCUUGAACAGUGACCUGGAAGGAGUGGUGCUUGAUAACAGAUACUACGCUGGCAGCUGCUUGCCACACUUCAUCCAGGAUGUCAGAUUCAGGAAGCCUUACAACUUGCAACAGUACACUCUGCAGACAAAAGGCUCAUAUGAUUUGACCUUGGAGGCUUUCGACUCAUACUCUGAGUACGUGGACCACACCAUAAUGGAGCAAACAACCCAAACCUCUUUUGCCUUUGGCUUUGGCAUUCCAGGAGUAGCUGAAUUUGGCUUCAAUUUCAAAGAUGAAAAAUAUACCAAGGCAGAACGGAAGAUUCGCAGUGCUUCUGGCAAGACUAACAGCUUUGUGAGAGCCAAAGCAGAACUGGAGCUGGCCCAGUAUAUGUUAAAAUCAGAUGGUUUGAUGCUUCACCCUGAGUUCCUGCAGCGCCUGCGCUCCUUGCCACAGUCCUACGUUUAUGGGGAAUACAGACAGAUCUACAGGGACUACGGCACCCACUACGUCACAGAGGCAGCCCUCGGAGGAGACUAUGAGCACACCACUAUCCUGAACAAGGAGAAGCUUGAGAAGACACAUUAUACUUUGGACGACUACAAACGCUGUACGGAGGCAGGCGUUAAGGGCGGGGUCAACAUUAAAGGUGUUUAUGUGUCUCUGGGUGUUACGGGUGGAUCUUGUAGUGGCCUGAUGACUGAGAUUGGAGAGGACACAGUACAUGGCAGCAUGGUGGAGGACUUUGUUGCUGUUGUAAGGGGUGGAAGUAGUGAAUCCAUCGCUGCUUUGGUGUCUAAAAAGCUUCCCACCCCGCAGCUGAUGGGGCUCUGGGGUGAAGGCGUGCGCUUUAACCCCGACUUCAUUCGCAGAACAACCAAACCGCUGUAUGAGCUGGUGACCUCCAGAGACUUUUCCCAGGAUGCCACUCUGAAAAGAAACCUGAAGAAAGCACUGUCAGAGUACCUGACAGAGGCUAGUCCGUGUCGAUGUGCUCCGUGCUACAAUAACGGAGUGGCCGUUUUGAAAGGCACCAGGUGUGAUUGUGUGUGUCCUGUUGGCUACUCUGGACGGGGCUGUGAGAUCACUACUAGGCAAAAAGAUAUAGCCAUUGAUGGCAGCUGGAGCUGCUGGGGCGCAUGGUCAUCCUGCAGUGGAAGAACAAUGACAAGGAGUCGACAGUGUAACAACCCACCACCCGGCAAUGGAGGCCUGGCAUGCAGAGGACUGCAGCAAGAGUCUACUGAAUGCAUUUAAAAUAUGCACAACAGCCCUGACUAAUAAAAACCCUCCUUGAAAAAUG